AUGACAGGACUUGUUGACAGAGAUGACGCCGAUUGGAAAGAUGAAGUCCAAACAAAAAAGUUCUUAGAAUGCAAAGAAGACACAUGCGCUGUUCUUGAAGAUGAAAUAGAAAACAGAAUAGAUGAGCUAUUAAAGGACAAAGAACUUUUACAUAAAUAUGGUUGCGCCAAAUUUGACAUAAACUCCACCAGAAAAGAAGAAGAGAGAAAAGAAGAAAGAAGAGUAGAAGAAGAGAAGAAAGAACCUGAACCAGAGCCAGAGAAAAAGAAAUUUGACAUGUAA